CAGUAACAUAACUGUAGAACAAUGCAUUUUAUGAUACAAGGAUGAAGUUUGGUGCAAGUACACGAUUGGAUAUUGUUUUAAUCAAAACUCUUCUCAUUUUGCAAACAAUUGGUAAAUUUACUCUUCAAAAUAAAACUGAUAAAAGAGACAAUAACUAGAAGAGUUUUAACAAAACGUGUUUGCACUAUCAACAAUAAAACAUCAGUUUGAUUUUCGAUAUAAAGUUUGUUUUUGUUUUAAUUCAUCAAUCAUUAUGCAUCACAUCAAUGCAACCGGGAGAUUACUGGCAAGUUUAUUUCUGUGUUCGGUUAAAAUGUCAAUUUUACAUCAGGAAUGGUUUUCUGUCUUAUAAAUAAUUGAACAAAUCAUUGAAUUUUUUAAUCUUAUUGGAAAGCAUUUCCAUUCUCAAAUGAAGUGAACUAAAGUAUAAAGCAAUGUCACUCUUCAAAUUAUUGAAUAUACCAUUGAAAUUGUGAUCGACUUAAGAAGUCCUUGAAAUUAAACUCAUCAUUGCUUGGAAGAGUGAAGUUGGAGCAAACACUUAUUCACUAACAAGGCUUACUUGUGCAAGUGAGAAAUAAACACAGUUCGCUGGAAUGCUUCAAGGUAAUAAAUCCUGCAUUUUCUCGUAAAUUGUUGCAGUAUAAAGCUGUUAGAGUUUGAAUCAUUUCCGUAUACCCAUAAAAAGUGUCAGUUGAUAACAUGAAAUACUACAGGUUCUAAAAGUCUUUAAUUGUGCAGUCUUUAUUUAAAGACAUCCUUUAUCUUCCACAGAGUUUCACUAGAACAACUGUUUAAAACAAGGCAGCUCAGUGAGUCAUAUUUGAAAAAAAUAUGCAGAAAUUCCGUUGCAAUUUCCUACUUUCUUUGGCAAUUCAAUUGACCAAAAACAUUUGCACUGCUGUGGCCUUGAACUUGUACAUGUUUAACUGUGGCGAGCCUUGCAAAGGAAAACUUUGUUCUCAAGACAACGGCUAAAUUGUGCGAUAAUGACAUUAUGUUGUUCUUCUCGGAUCUUUUCGAAACCCAUAAUUCUUCUUGCAGGAAGUUACCAUUCUCUAAAGCUUCACAUUUUCCAAUAUGAAUGCCUGUAGAUAAACAUGUUCUUUAUCUUCGAGUAUUUUCAUAUAUUUUUCUACCUGAAAUUGUUAUGUUCUUUAUUUACCCUUCAAUCUUUUAUCCCGAAACACGAUUGGCUUAAUGGGAUAGACGUCCAAAAGUUAAUUUUUUUGCGUCAGCAGAAUUUGUCUUUGCCAACGUCUGCUACUCAUCCACUCCAUUUAACAGAUAACAGACAAAGGCAACAAAAUCUGGUGUGUUCUUUGUUUGCUAGCAGUGGUAUGGAAGUCGAUAUAGAAUUUUGCUUCAGACCAUAUUAAUCUUUUUAGGCCCUUUCUCUCUCUCUCUCUAACUGGCACUAGGCAGCAUUGAAAGUUUGAGAAACAUAGUUUAAAGCUUUUUUAUGUUCCUCUUCGUCAAACUUAAUUGACAGUUGAUUAAACCCCCUUUCCAACAACAGCCAAAUUUGUAGUUAAACAGGCUUGCGAACAAUCCCAAAAUAGCAAGAUUAGAUUAGAUCGUUCUGUCACUUCAACUUGGAAUGGUUAAUUGUUAUUGACAUUUUGACCAUUUGGGUCCAAAUUCUUUAAUUUGUCUUUUGUCAUAAACUUUGCCAAGUAAUUUGUGAGAGUUCUCCAUUCAUUAUGGCUUAAUAUAGCUGUUACACUUUGAACAAUAAAAGUACUUUUUAUACAAUCUUGUUUGAAGUACAGUUGUAACAGAAUAUUCUUGUUUAAAUUACAAAAUUUUGUUUUUAAAUAAAUGCGUUGAUUGUGUUAAUAAGAUUGUGUUUUUAAAUAAUUAUGCCACUUGGCAUUUGCAUGCACAAUCGGUUAAAGGUCGACUUUGCCUAAACUAUUUUCACAGUUUCUUUCCAAUGAGUCAAUAACUUGCCUCACUUUUAAUCUUAGAAAAAAUAUUUACCAAAACCUUUCUCUAAACCUUUUUGGUUUUCAAACCUUCCUCCGGUCAAUGACCGUGCGAUCGUAAUGUUUUUUUGACUCUGCACAUUUCUGUUUUCAAUUUUAGCAAAAAUGUUAUUGUUUAUACAGGUAGCAAUUUAUACAGGUCUUCUUUUUCAAGUUGCUGAUUGCUUACCGACUAUUCCUUUUUAUGUGGAUCUUUGCAUAGAUUAAUAAAUGAAAGACCGAACGGAACAAUGCUACGAAAUGCGAUGCCGUUCCUGUUUCUUUCGAUCUUCUGCUAUACAAUGACCAAAAAACUUGUCUUUGGCUCAGUGCCUACAACUUCAUUGUCCACAUUUCAAGUGCCUUCAACUUCAUUAUCGACCUCGCAAGUGACUUCAACUACCUUACCAACCUCACAAGCAUCUACUACUUCAUUCCCUUCUUCGCCUGUAAACAGUAUCGUCGGAGAGACGCCAGUUGCAUUUUACACCAACAUUCUGUUUUCUGGAAAGGCACUUCAGAACCAUAUUGUACAUACUCUUGAUGUGAAGUCUGUGGAGCAAUGUUUCUCACACUGCCUUAAAUGUCUCCAGCGUAGUGAUGGAUGUUUUUGUGCUUCUUUCAACUAUAGAAAAUCUGGAACAGGCAAUGGCCGACUUUGUGAAAUCAACAAGGAAAGCCAUGAAACGGUUCCAGGUGACUUUAAAGUUAUGGAAGGGUCACAAUAUUAUGUAGUCUAUUAAUUUCAUCAAUGUAUUUCCCCUAAAAUUAUUUUUAAAAGAGUGAGAAGCCUCCUUCUGAACUACACGACAUCAUUUUUACCCUUUACAAAGCAUCGUCAUGCCAAAAUUGUUCUGAUGUUUGUUUAUCACAUGAAGCAUUUCGACUUAAGGGGUGGAGAGGCCUGAAGUGGAGAGAUCUUCUGUUAUGUGCUACACAGAAAAUUUUAAAGGAAAUUUAGCGGACAAUAGCGGAGAGGCGUGAAUCGUCAUUUUGAUACGUUUGUUUAUAUUAAUAUUAAUUUCAGUAACAAAAUUAUGAUUCGCACCACAAAUAUAUACGUACACACUGUUUUCUGGCUUUGGUAUUAGGUUUGACAUCCCACGUCUGUUAGGACCUAUCGUAUGCUUGCGGUUUCGGGGCCUGAACAAAAGAUAUUGUAGACUGAUGAAUAUAAAAAUGUUGCAAACAAUUACAGGCCUAUUUUAGUUCUGUUCGUCUUAGCGAUUAUAUUAGUUAAUAUUGUAUAUCAUAAGUAAAUGGCAUAUCUAGGAUGACAAAACAAACUUAGAUCUCGCCAGUUUGGAAGCGGUAAUGUAACAUAUCAAUCGCAUGCUGUAGAACACUGACGAAGAAGAAAUUGAUUUCUUUUAAUAUCAAAGAAGCAUCUGACAGCGCAGGGCAUGGAAACUUUUUGCCAAUGCUACGGAAGACAUCGUCAAUGCUAGUUCCCAGGGUACUUUCAAAAAUUUAGGGAGCAGUUCAGUUAUGCUGAUAGAUGUAGCUCAGCUUUAGCAGAACUGUUAUCGUUUUGUGGCAUUCCGCAAGACUCGUCUUUAAGAACCUUGCUUCUCAUACUUCCUAAAAGUGAUUUUGUAAAGUGUUUGGCAGGGCUGCGGAGAGGAUUGAUGGGCCCCGGAUCAAGACGAAAGAUGCAUACCUUAGGCAGAUGCUUCUAGGGGGUAGGGGGAUGCUCCCCAGGAAUUUUUGAAAUGAUGGUUGCUAAAAUUGCUCUUGUGGCUAUUUUGGUUGCCAAAAUUGCUCUUGUGGCUAUUUUGAUUGCCAAAAUUGCUUGGGUGGCUAUUUUGGUUGCUAUAAUUGCUAUGGUGGCAAAACUGUUCUGGUGACAGUAGCGUAAAUAGAGGGGCUCACAGAGGGCAACCCCCCCCCCUCCCCUGUAUAGCUAAACUUCUAUUUUGUCGGAAAAUAUCUGGAUUUGUCGGAAAUUUAACACAGUUGUCUAUGUUUACCUAAUUGCUUUGUUUCGAUAUGAAAGAAUUUAAAGUUAAAUAAACAUAAGAAUAUAUGAAUAUAUAAAAAGUUUUUUUUGUCAGUUCCGAUGUCGUUAUAUUAUGUUGAUAUUUAGGGCAAAAAUAUAAAUGCUUUUUAGAUUUUUGUCGGAAAUUCUAAGUUUCUCACUCCUCCUGUGAAUUUUUCUAUCUACGCAAUUGUCUGUUGGCUAUUAUUUCUGUUUGCUGUUUGAUAAGCUUUUCAACUUCUUUACCCCAAGCCCACUAAGAUGAGAAAAUAUCUUUAUCAUUCAGGCAAUCAAAAACUCAAACUGCUUCUACUGCUUCAAUAUUGGCCAUUUUUGCCACAUUAGGUGUUGUGAUUAAAGUUGCUUGGUUUGCCUUUUUGAAAACAUAUUGCUCUAACUCCUUACCCGUUAUAUCAUCUAAAACGUUUUCCCCAAUUUAUCUUGCUCUGUCAACAUUUGCUCCCUCUUCUCCUAUGACACCUGUUGCGAUGAAACUGAAGGAAAGAUCAUCAGACUUAUUGCAUCCAUGAAUUUAACAAUUUGCCUUGUAUCGUUUAGAUCUCUUUUUAUUCUUGCUGUCAUUGUGUCUUUAUAUUGCUCGCUCGUGGUAUGUUUUACUCCUGUGAAUUCGAGCAAUGCAUUGUUUACUUCAGCUGAAACUUGCAUUGACAGCACCCAUACCAGCCAUUGAAUUUCCGACAUUCCUCUUCCAUGGGUCACUCCACCAGUGGUUUUAAGAUUUCUCAUCAAAACCUGUUCUAUUACAAAAUCUGAUGAAAGACCAGCCCAGUAACGUUCGGAUCGACGUAUGACAUGAAAUCCAUAAGCAAAUGCAGCCUGAAUGGAAGGUUUUUCUGCUUUAAGCUUCUUCUAGGGGGCAAAAGUCGACAUUCGAAACAAUUUAUGGUUCCGAUUUACGGAAACUGCGCAUGGCACAAUGGCAACUAUGGUCUUGCGCAGAAGUUCAUCAUAACUACUACGUACGAGUCCCUACCAUCCCUAGCUUCGGAAGCUUUUUUGAGGAGGAAAAAUUUUGAAUGUACAUGUUUUUUGAUCAAUGCUAAAUGCUACUAGGUUGUUGAUAACGUCAUCAACUUUGUCAUAUUUUAGCCUUUAUUUUAGAGCAUUUCCACUACUUGGGUUUUAGGGGACUUUUUCUCUAGUACAAAGGUCCAAAUAACACCAUAAAUAGUUUUUGUUGCAAUUAGUUUAGGAACGCAUAUUGGUGUAGUUUGGCCUAACUAUAAUAAAAAAAUUUAACUACAAGUUUCAAGCUGUGUUUUCUAACAUGUUCUAUACCUGUUGCUUUCUCAACAUUAGAGGUUGAAUUCUUUGGAGGUUUAAUGGUUGCCAAGAGUUUUCGGUUCAACCAUUUUUGUUGAUAGAUAUUUUAAUAUUGUCAUAAAGAAUUCGCUUCUCAAAGGCAUAGAGUUUCCUAAGAGGGAUUUGGGACUGUCUCUCCUGUACCACUCAAGGCUGACAGCACCCGUUUCCUCACCAAACAAAGAAAGCACUGCUAUGAUUCCCCCUCUGGAUUCUAACGCUCGGCCAACAUUUUAGACAGGCUGGGGGACUUCAGCCUCCAUUCCGCCAUUUUUUGCAAAAAAUUGUUUUGAGAAAUACAGAGAAGAAUAAAAUGAAAGGAAUGAAAAAUAAUAGUGCAAUAAAUAGUUAAUUUUGCAUAUCUUGCUUUUUUGUGCUUUCUUCAUCGGUUUACAAUUUACAAAGAGGCGGCCAAAGUCUACCCCCGAUUAAUAUUUGUUCCAGGUUUCUAAACAAAAACCAUUAGCAAAUAGGGGUAAGAUGGUCCUCAGAAUGUUUUGCCAUUGUCAAUCAUAAGACUGAAGGUGGUGUUCUCUCAUCAUUUGAACCAUAUAUUUUUGGGCUGUCGGUGCGCCAAUCGCAAAGACGGCCAUAAAUAAAACACCAACCGUUUUUGAGGGGGUUGAGAACAAGAACAAUGGCCUUCUUCCGCCGUCUAGCAGCACCUUGUUCAUGCAAAAAGUCGUAAGCCAUACGGCCAUUAACUAAUGCACGAAAAAAAGAAGUAGAAAGUCAGCAUGCAUGUAAAUAGAAACCCCUGAAAAUUUCUAGAUAUGGGCUGGGUGGGUAGGGUCGCAAAG